UUUAGCGCAGGUCUAGUGCACCCGCCCUAAUCGGGCCUCAGUCGGCGUUGCACUUCGUUGGUGCCCCACGACACGUAUUUCCGUUGCCAGGUUCUCGGUCAACAACAAAUUGAAGCGAGACACUCGACAAUAUCCAGAAAUAUUCAUUCACGCAAAAAGUAAACAGUAGUCGCCUUGUGUUUAUAGUGCAUUUCAGAGAAGUCCGCGUGUGGCGUGUGAUGAUUUUUGGCGAUGGAGACCUGGCGGAGUUAUGCAACUAUUUGUCGACUAUGUCUGCAGAAAGACGGCUUCAUGCUGGGCAUUUUCAAUCACAUACAGGGAAAGGAUAGGAGUAUUUAUAAGAAAAUUAUUGAUUGUACAGCGCUUCAGAUUGCCCAUGGAGAUGGUCUGCCAAAUGUGAUUUGCCACCGAUGCCUCUACAAGAUAGAAUUUUGUCUCGAAUUUCGCCAAUUAUGUUUUAUGUCCGAUGCCACACUCAGGCAACUGGCAGCAGCCAACAAGGAAAAUGAUGGAGCCAAUGGCAAUUUUCAGCUUCCGAUUUAUGAGCAAUUGGGACCCGCAGGUCAUGACGAAAACGUGGUCAUGGUCGUCGACCCCCUAUCCUACGACUACGAAUCCGACUACGACUCGGACAAGGAACCCCCCAGCGACAUAGAAAACGGCGAAUCCAACGACUUGGAGCCCGAAAGCCGGGGUGUCUUCAUGUGCAAGUACUGCGACCACGCGUUCACCGACUCGGCCGAGUGUCUCGCCCACGAAACGGCCGCCCACGACUCGGCUACGCCCUACAACUGUCACUCCUGCGCCAUGGGCUUCGCCGACAGGGUGGUGUACUCAGCGCACCUGAAAAGCAUCCACAAGAACGACAAGCCGUACAACUGCCCGCAGUGUGACAGAACGUUCGCACGCAGGUCGGAUUUGAGGAAGCACACCAUCGUGCACACCGGAGUCAAGCCGUUCACUUGCACCGUAUGCGGCAAGUCCUUCUCCCGCAACACCAACCUCUCCAAGCAUAUGCGGCUGCACUCAGGUACCAAGCCGUUCGUCUGCCCCAAGUGCCCUAGAACGUUCACCAACAAGGCGGACCUCGGCAAGCACGCGGUCAUCCACUCGGUGCAGAAGUCGUUCAGCUGCAGCUAUUGCCACCUGAAUUUCCGGAGAAAGGACAAGCUGCAGAGGCACGAGAAGAGGCACUUUCCGCAGGAGAAUCGCGAGGACAAGUCUCAGGAGUUGCAGAUGAUGAGGGAGACUUUGUCGAUCUAUUCGCACGCGAACGGUGACCAGAAGACUGAAGAAGGUGAUGAUGAUAAGCAAGAAAAUAUGGUUAUCAACCUAGACCCCUUCAGCCACAAUAAUUUCCCCACCCCUCAACGAGGCGAAAACUCCGAAACCGAACCCCUGAACGAGCACGACACUUCCUUAGAGGGUGAAGCUAUCGAUGAACAACUGGAGGCCACAAUGGAAAUUGGUAUCAGCAAAAAACCCGCUGAAUCCAAAGUUAAACCUUUCAAAUGUAGCCAGUGCUCCAAGAGGUUCUCGAAAGCAGAAAAUCUGUUGACGCACCAAGCGACGCACUCCGACAAGAAAAGACCUUUCAGCUGUCACAUAUGCAGCAAAUCGUUCAUCAGGAAGCGGGAACUCGACCGACAUAUCAUCACCCACUCAGGAAUGAAACCUUACAAGUGUCCUCGAUGCACUAAGAGCUUCGGAAGAAAGGAUAAGAUGAUGAGACACAUGCGGAUCCAUGAUAUCAACAAGAGUUUCAACUGCACGAUAUGCGAAAGUACUUUCAAUAGGAGGGACGGACUACAACACCACAUGAAAACUCACGCAGUCAAGACUGAUAAUGAAGAUGAUGGUGUUCCUACAAAUAUAUAGCCUAGUUAUAGAUAGGCUGUAUUUUUACUGUUCUUUUUUAAAUUUAUUUGUUAAGGACUAAUAGUAUGUUCAAAUAUAAAUUUUGAUAAUA